GACGCAGGGAGCGCAAAUGAAUGCGAGGAUGAUGCCACCGGCGAGGAGCAGCGAGAUCAUAGCCAAGGUUGUCCAUAUGGUCGAGGUCGAGGUGACGCGGGGCGGCACUAAUUUUUUUGUUGCCGACAGCUCAGCAACCUCCUCGGUCGUCAGGCCCCACCUUCUAGCUUUGGUAAUCAAGGACCUUAAGCGCCGUGACGCCUUCUCGCAGGACUUCUUCGACGUCCGCCUGGAUAAACCGUUUAAACAGUUCUCCAAGUGUCUCAUAAUAUCGUGACGUGUCUCAUUCUUGAAUCAAUCGAAGCGGUGCUCCGGCCGGAGAUGUUCCGGACGCCGACUGAAAUCGUGGGCGUACUUCCGGCUCGUCUGUCGCGGAGUCGCGGCGGAUGCAUAAACGAACUUUCUUGGCACGCUUCUGAUGUUAUAUCGUGUCCCGCGUCAUUCCCUUAAGUGAAAGGAGACGCUAUCCAAAGUCUGAAUGGUUCUCAUGAUUCGCGUCGUUCUGCAGCUAUAAGGUCAGUAAGUGUGUUCUGGUAAAUUAGCAUCGUCAUGUUAUUACAUACUGUGUAUCGAUCGAUGAACUUGCAAACUCUGUUUUUGAUUUCGUUUGGCAUUAUCGAGAUAUCGUGUUUAUCGUUGAUCCUCAAUUGUCGGAAUACUUCGAUGAUGCGAUUGUCUCAGGCACAUAUAUUAUUUUUAAGGAGGACGUUAAUCCACGCACACGUAGACAGAAUAGAAACCUUCAGGAACGUGCAUUUAGCACCUCGUUGUAAUUGUUCUCAUUGUAAUUUACCGACGGAAGUUUUCAAGUUUGUAUACAGUCAUAAGGAAUAGCAUCGCUCAAAUAA